AUGUCUAUUCUUCCUCCUGAGGUCCACGCCGCUCUCGCAAGCCUCCUCCAAGGCCUGUCAUCACCAGACAAUCAAAUUCGCACCCAUGCCGAGGAGCAGCUCAGCAAUGAGUGGACCGUUGCACGGCCUGAUGUCCUGCUCAUGGGCUUGGUUGAACAAAUUCAGUCGGCCCAAGAACCAACGACUCGCUCUUUCGCAGCAGUCCUCUUUCGUAGAAUGUCGACAAAGACAAGAAAAACGCCUGGGACGGAGGAGUCAAAAGAGCUGUUCAUGUUAUUGCAGCCGCCCCAAAAAGCGGCCAUAAGACAGAAAUUGCUCGAAUGUUUGCAGAGCGAGAAUCUCCCAAUGGUUAGGCAUAAGAUCGGUGACGCGGUCGCUGAAGUUGCUAGACAAUAUGCGGAUGAUGGCGAACAUUGGCCAGAGCUUCUGCAAGUACUCUUUGUGGCUAGCCAGUCGCAAGAUGCAGGCCAAAGAGAAGUGGCCUUUCGAGUAUUCACUACUACUCCGGGAAUCAUAGAAAAACAGCAUGAGGAUACCGUGCUCGGCGCCUUUACGAAAGGCUUUGAGGACACGGAUGUCAUUGUAAGGAUCGCCGCAAUGGAGGCCUUUUCGUCAUUUUUCGCAUCCAUUCAGAAGAAAGCGCAGAAAAAGUACUACCCUUUAGUCCCAAAGAUCCUCAAUAUCCUACCACCUCUGAAAGAGCAGGGCGAUUCGGAGAACCUCACUAAAGCCUUAAUCGCUUUAAUAGAGCUGGCCGAAGAAGCACCGAUGAUGUUCAAGCAUCUAUUUCACAACUUAGUGCAGUUCAGUAUGACCGUCAUACAGGACAAGGAGCUUGGUGAUCUGACUCGACAAAACGCGUUGGAACUCAUGGGUACAUUCGCAGACUACGCCUCCACAUUGUGCAAGAAAGACCCUUCCUACACUUCAGAUAUGGUCACCCAAUGUUUGAGUCUAAUGACGGAUGUUGGCCCGGACGAUGAUGAUGCAUCGGAAUGGAACGCUUCCGAGGACCUUGAUGUGGAGGAGAGCGAUCUAAACCACGUUGCAGGAGAACAAUGUAUGGAUCGACUUGCCAACAAACUCGGAGGUGGAGCUGUACUACCUCCUACCUUCCAAUGGCUUCCUCGAAUGAUGACCUCUGCAGCCUGGCGAGAUCGACAUGCAGCACUUAUGGCCAUAUCAGCAAUCUCUGAGGGCUGCAGAGAUCUUAUGAUAGGCGAGCUUGACAAAGUCCUCGAUCUCGUCGUUCCAGCUCUCCGUGACACCCACCCCCGUGUACGCUGGGCUGGCUGCAAUGCGCUGGGCCAAAUGAGCACGGACUUUUCGGGAACGAUGCAAGCAAAGUACCACAACGUCGUGUUGACAAACAUCAUUCCCGUGUUGGAUGCCACUGAACCUAGGAUUCAAUCUCACGCCGCUGCGGCUCUUGUUAACUUCUGUGAAGAGGCCGAGAAAGCUACCCUUGAACCUUAUCUGGACGACUUACUGAGUCGCCUUUUGCAUUUGCUGCAGAGCCAGAAACGUUACGUGCAGGAGCAGGCUCUUUCAACAAUUGCUACCAUUGCUGAUUCCGCCGAGACUGCUUUUGGAAAAUACUACGAUACCCUGAUGCCUUUGUUGUUCAACGUCCUGAGAGAAGAGCAGUCGAAAGAGUAUAGACUCUUGAGAGCGAAAGCAAUGGAGUGCGCGACUUUGAUUGCGUUGGCCGUCGGCAAGCAACGCAUGGGAUCAGAUGCUGUGACACUAGUGCGAAUAUUGGGUAACAUCCAACAGAACAUCCAGGAUACUGAUGAUCCACAAUCGCAAUACCUACUACAUUGUUGGGGACGAAUGUGUCGCGUUCUGGGGUCCGAUUUUAUACCAUAUCUUGCUGGUGUCAUGCCUCCUCUGAUGGAGCUUGCUAGCGCUAAAGCCGAUAUCCAGCUUCUUGACGACGACGAACAGAUAGCCAAAGUUCAGCAGGAAGAGGGUUGGGAGAUGGUACCGUUGAAAGGCAAGGUCAUCGGGAUCAAGACCUCCAUACUUGAAGACAAGCACAUGGCUAUCGAGCUCAUCGUCAUCUACGCGCAACAGCUUGAAGGCGCAUUCGAGCCGUAUGUGAUCAACAUCAUAGACAAGGUGUCUUUGCCAGGCUUGGCGUUCUUUUUCCACGAUCCUGUUCGGGUUGCUUCAGCCAAGAGCGUGCCAGUACUUCUUAACUCUGUAAAAAAAGCACACGGGGAGACUUCCAGUCAGUUGGGUGAACUCUGGAAGGUGGUAGUCGACAAGGUCCUUGAAGUCUUAAGUGCGGAACCGGCAAUUGAUACGCUCGCGGAAAUGUAUCAAUGUUUCUAUGAGUCUGUCGAAGUCGUCGGCAAGAACUGCCUAACACAGGAACAUAUGGGAGAAUUCAUCGAGUCCGUCAAAUCGACGCUUGAAGACUACCAGAAGCGGGUCAAGAACCGUGCCGAGGAACAACAAGAGACAGAAGAAGGCGAGGAAGAAAACGAAGACAUCCUGUUCGCAAUUGAGGACGACCAAACACUUCUCUCGGACAUGAACAAAGCCUUUCAUACCAUCUUCAAAAACCAAGAAACAUCAUUUCUUCCAUCUUGGUCACGUCUAUUGCCUUUCUACGACGCUUUCGUCACUAGCGCAGACUCGACGCAACGGCAGUGGGCGCUGUGUAUAUACGACGACGUCCUUGAAUUCUGCGGAGAUCAAAGCUGGAGCUAUCAAGGUCACAUCAGACAACCUUUGGUUGCGGGCAUGAGGGAUGAGGUUCCUGCAAACCGACAAGCGGCCUGCUACGGUGUGGGCAUAGCAGCACAAAAGGGUGGAGCAAAUUGGUCUAGUUUCGUUGCUGAGAACGUGUCGACAUUGUUUCAAGUCUGCCAACUUCCGCAGGCCCGAGAAGACGACCACGUCUUUGCUACUGAGAAUGCAUGUGCCAGUAUCGCCAAGAUCCUGCAGGCCAAUUCCAGCAAAAUACCCAACGUUCAGGAGGUCGUUCAACACUGGCUGAACACCUUGCCUGUGGUUAAUGACGAAGAAGCGGCACCCUACGUUUACAUGUUCUUGGCCCAACUAAUCGAUCAACGGAAUCCUGUCGUCAUUGCGUCGCCUCAAAUCUCGAGUCAAUGCUUCGUAGCUAUUGCGCAAGCACUCGAAGCAGAGACCUUACAAGGUACAACGGCACAGCGGGCGGCGGCAGCUGGUAAGCAACUUCUUCAGACAGCAGGUAUCGACGCAAAUCAGGUCCUUGCCACAUUGAGCCCAGACACGCAGCAGACGGUUGCAGCUUAUUUUGUAUGA